CCGUACGUGCAGAAAGAGAGAGGAAGUACUAGUAUCUAGGGAGAAGAAGGAGAAGGGAAAAAGAUCCAAGAAGAGGGAGACCUUGCUCGCUCGAGAGAAAGAGAGAGAAGAGAGGAGGCCAGAGCAAGGAAGGAUGGGUCGCGGGAAGGUGGAGCUGAAGCGGAUCGAGAACAAGAUCAGCCGGCAGGUGACGUUCGCGAAGCGCCGGAACGGGCUGCUGAAGAAGGCGUACGAGCUGUCGGUGCUCUGCGACGCCGAGGUCGCCCUCAUCAUCUUCUCCAGCCGCGGCCGCCUCUUCGAGUUCUCGACCUCCUCAUGCAUGUACAAGACAUUGGAGCGAUACCGCAGCUGCAACUACUCAGCCGAAGCGUCAGCUCCAAUGGAGGCUGAAUUAAGCAAUUACCAGGAUUAUUUGAAGUUAAAGACAAGAGUUGAGUUCCUACAAACAACUCAGAGAAAUCUUCUUGGUGAGGACUUGGGUCCACUUAGCACGAAGGAGCUCGAGCAACUUGAGAACCAAAUUGAGAUAUCGCUCAAGCAUAUCAGAUCAUCAAAGAACCAGCAGCUGCUCGAUCAGCUCUUUGAGCUCAAGCUUAAGGAACAACAACUGCAAGAUGCUAACAAGGACUUAAGAAGGAAGAUCCAAGAAACUAGUGGAGAGAAUGUGCUGCGUACGGCUUGCCAGGACAUUGGGCUUAGUGGGUCUAGUGGCAAUGCUAACGAAGCUAACCAAGAACUCCUUCACCCUGCUGUUUGUGAUCCUUCCCUGCAUAUCGGGUAUCAAGCUUACAUGGACCACCUGAACAAUGAAUGAGUUGCUUAAGUAGUGCUCUAGUGGAGAUGUCUUUUAUAUGUUGGAUGCUAUGUAUUCUACAAAAUCCUCUAUAUUUAACCAUCGGUUCUAGCUUUGUACUACUAUAUAUACUAAAUUAAAAGCUCAUGUUUUAGACUCUUCA